CAAAAUUUACAAUGGGCUGCAACGCAGCAAACCUUGUCACAAUUAUUUCCCAGCUUCAAUAUGAACUGGAAGUCGCUAAACGGCGAUUGCAGGUGGAAAAAUCGGAAAAAGAACAAGCUUUGACCAGGCUAAGUUCAAUAGCUGGAUCUAAACUUGCAUAUAAUAACCCAGGCAUAACCGAUCUAUCAGACAAGAACAGGCCACAAAAGCUAGGAGAGAAGUUCAGUGAACUCUAUGACAAUGAAUGGACAGAUGCCAUAGAUUCUCUCACAGAAACUAUGGAAGAAAAGAAGGCCAUUUUAAUGCUACGAAACGCUCUCAGAUAUGUGUACGAAAAAACGAAGAAAGCGUCUGAGGACCAGUACCGGAAUCUUCAAAUGGCUUUGUUCCAGAGAGAUCUAAGAAAUUCUGAGGCACAAAGUUUCAUACAAAUCUACAGAAAAAUCACUGAACUACAGAAAGAGGUUUCAACGCUCUCCAUCAGUAAUACCAAGCAGUUUUUAAGAGACGAUUCGAACUUCAUGCUGCCGUAUGAAAUCGUUAUGAACUGCUGUGAACUAUUUGUUGAUAAAUGUGUGGAACUUUGCUGGAUGAUGCAUAUUCAGGAUCCACCUAUGGUUUUAGAUUUUGGAUCUUCAGAUAUCGUAGACAAAAACAUGUUUAGACUUUUUACUAGAAGUGGCGACGUCGUUGACUUUGUUGUGUGGCCUGCUGUCUUACUGCACGAAAACGGGCCUCUGGUUCAAAAGGGUGUUGUCCAACCCAUAAAGACAAAAUCAAAAACUAAUGGAAAAGACCGUUGAUAAUCUCAAAAAAUAUCAAUAAUAUUGCUUAUCCCUUGUGGAAUAAGUACAUUUUCAUGCAAUAUGAUGUCUCAACGACCUUGAAUUCGAGGAGAUCAAUUCACUGUGAGUGACGAUAAGAGUGUGGACAUGGCAUUAUAUACUGUGCAUUGUAGAAUGACCAAUGUUGAGGGAAAAAGCACAAUUAAGUCUAUACUCUCUAAUAUUCAAAAGCAAAAUAUGAAUAUUUGAAGUUUUUAAAUGUGCCAAAAGUUUCUAUUUAUUCCUUUGUUUUUAUACA